AGGGCUGAUCUUAUUUCUUUUCUUCCAGUUCCGUCGUCUUUUCUCCUUUCUCAUCGAUUCGACCUUUCCUUCCACAUUUUCUCUUCACAGACGUGGACAUUCUUUUCACUUCAACGUCUUGUUUAGCGUUGUGUUGUUACCCAACUUUCUACUUUCCUUCAGAGCUGGCCUUCCUCACAUUGCAGGCAAUAUGCAUUCUCACAUUCUCUUCAGACUCGGCCUAGGGGCCGCCUUCGCCUCGCUGUCGACAGCGCAUACUCUGUUCACGACCUUGUUCAUCAACGACGUCAAUCAAGGCGAUGGAACCUGCGUCCGGAUGCCCAAGGAUGGCAGCACCUCAACUGGGCCCAUUGCCGGUCUCAACAGCCCAGAAAUGGCUUGCGGCCGAGACGGCGAAAAUGCCGUAGCAUUCACCUGCCCAGCCCCUGCCGGCGCAAAGCUGACCUUUGAGUUCCGCGCCUGGCCCGACGCCCGGCAACCAGGCGCCAUCGACGCCUCCCACCUCGGCUCGGCCGCCAUCUACCUAAAGCAGGUCUCCAACAUCAGCACCGAUGCCGCCGCCGGCCCGGGCUGGUUCAAGAUCUACGACGAAGGCUACGACGCGAGCAGCAAAAAGUGGGCCACGGAGAAGCUCAUCGCCGACGACGGCCUCCUGAGCGUCAAUCUCCCGUCCGGCCUGCCCACGGGGUACUACCUCGCGCGCACGGAAAUCAUCUCGCUGCAGAACGUCACCGCUACCGCCGGCGUCGACCCCCAGCCCUACGUCAACUGCGCGCAGAUCUUCGUCCAGGGCCAGGCCUCGGCCUCCCCUUUGAGCAUCCCUGAGGACAAAGAGGUCUCCAUUCCCGGCCAUGUAACCGCCUCUCACCCAGGCUUGACCUUCAACAUCUACCACGACGACCCCCUCACGACGCCAUACCAAGUCGUCGGCCCCGCGGUGUUCUUCCCUUCUUCUAGCACUCCCACCACCCGCCGCCGGCAGCUCAGCCGCUGCCAACGCAAAUCCUCGCAGGCAUCGACACAGACACAGACUCAACCACAAACUCAACCAACGUCUCAGCCAAAUACCCAAACGCAAACACUUAAACAGACAGACGGACUCAUCCCCGAGGACUGCGUCAUGAAAAACGCAAACUGGUGCGCCUCGCCCCUCCCGGCCUACACCGACGAAGCCUCGUGCUGGGCAGCCUCGUCCGACUGCUGGCGGCAGGUCGACGAAUGCUACAGCAGCGCGCCGCCGUCCGGGUACCGCGGGUGCUCUCUAUGGGAGAAGGGCAUGUGCGAGAAGAUCCAGGCCGAGUGCGGGGCCGGGCUGUGGAAUGGGCCACCUUCGGAGCUGGUGGACGCGUUGGCGAAUGAGGUGGUGGAUGCGCCUGUGCCGAGUGGCGGGAAGAUACCCGCUGCGGCUAAUGCUUGAUGAUCAUCAUGAUCAUCGAUUGAGGGGUAGGGAUGGGGAGUGAGGAGAGGGUCGUGAUUGUGAAUGGGAUUAUCAUUGUUCGGUUUUGAAGUGGUGUGGUAGCGUCUUUGUCGGCUGCCACUUAUGCCACUGCUGUAUUACUUUACGCAUUUUACUAGACUCUGGGUGUCAUGGCUGGGAGCGGUAGCCGAGACAAGGCAAGACCGCUUGACGGCCGUUUUGAGCAUGC